GAUUCAGCCUUACUUCCAUAAAAUGGCGCUUGUUGUAGUCCAUCUUCGACAAUUGUAGUUUCACGCUAGAGACGCCAGAUGUCAGCAAUACUCCACGUCACGCAAUGACGUUGGGUGGAAAAGUGGUGUCGAAUUCAUUUCAAAUAGUGCUUUCUCUUCCUAUGUUCGAAGGGAAGCACCUUCUCAUCUCGCCUUGAACCGAUGACGUUCCCAACAAAGGGGAAAGGUUGCAUAAAGGUUAGGAGAUUUGAUUUUCCGAAUGGCCAGUUUGAAAAGUUGACUUUGGUACCGGAACUCUUCUGAAACUUCGCGUUUCCGGGGAAGGAUAAUUUAGGACACACAUCGCCGAGACGCCUGCUUUGUUUUGACCUAUGAUGUUGACGAGAAGUUCCUUACAGAACUUGUUAAGCCAGCUUGAUGCACCGGUUUUAAUUCUUUAGAACAGAGUCCACAAGGUCUCCCAGCAUUUUCUUAAACAUGGUCCUCAAUCAAAUGUAUAAUUUCCGCGUCGUUGGACAAGGGUAUCAUGGAGAUGUAUAUACAUGAGUAAGCUUGGCGGAAUGAAUUUAAAUCCGUAGAAACAACGUUCUUAUGUAUUUAAUUGAUACAUACCUUAAGACGCUUUCACUUCGAGUAUUCCAGGAAGUACAACAUAACUUUGAAGCCUACUUGAAAUCGGACAACUGCUGUUAAUAGUGUGGUUAGUUAGGGGGACGAUGGCAUUAUUUUGUUUGCGUCUGAACAGAAGCAGCUGCUUCUACCCGCUGUCUGCACACCUGACAUCUUGCUUUCAAGUCUACAAACAAGGGGGGCAUGCUUGGAAAACUCGACCAUUCUUGUCAUCGGCACAACUCUCCACGAAAAACCGCUUUCAAAGAGCUACAAACACCGCUAUACUUCCCCUCAGAACUGCAAUAUUUGCGAGAACGUUUUUACCUCGCGACAAGACCACGUUUUUGCAGGCAUGGAGGCAAGCUAAGGGCGUCGCUGUACGUACUCUGUGGGGGCAUCAUAUCCACACCUCUAGACCGUUGAGGGCUCUGCCUGCUCCUCUCAUAUGGUUACUGCUCAAACCUCUGCAGAAGCUCCUGGCGGUCAUACUUGGAAGAAGCAUCAGGAAGUGGUGGGUGGCCCUGCCUCCCAACCGCCGGCAGCUGGCACGUGAGGCAGCCUGGCGUAGCCGCUGGGUACUGACAGCGGCUGCUGCAAUCAUUAUGGUGAUUGCUGCGCUCUUCCUCCUGACCCACUUGGACGAGUCCCCCUUGACGGGGCGAACGCGCCUCCUGGUGUUCAGCAGGGAGAACUACAUGGAGUUGGCUGCAGUAAUGACGGAGGACUACUUGGAGAAGUUUGCGGAGCAGCUGGUCCCUGGAGACGAUCCAAGUCAUCGCUUGGUGGAGCAGGUGGUCCAGCACCUGGCCGAUAGGAACAAGGACGUUCCCGAGGUGUCCUCCAUCCCCUGGAGCGUCCACGUCGUCAAAGACCCCGCAGUCAACGCCUUUGUCCUCCCUAAUGGCAAAGUGUUCAUGUUUACUGGAAUGCUUGAAAUGGUGGCAGAUAUUCACCAGCUCUCCUUUGUCCUCGGACACGAGAUGGCCCACGCCAUCCUGGGCCACUCCGCGGAGCAGGCCAGCCUGUCCCACGUUGUGGACUUGCUGUCUCUUAUCCUGCUGACCGCCAUCUGGGCCUUAUGUCCCCGGGACAGUCUUGCCGUGUUUGGACACUGGAUCCAGGGCAAACUUAUACAGCUGAUGUUCAGCCGUCCGUACAGCAGGAAACUGGAGGCUGAGGCUGACAAAGUUGGAAUGCAGCUGGCAGCUAAGGCGUGCGCGGACGUGCGCGCUGCCCCGGUGUUUUGGCAGCAAAUGGAGAUCACAGAUCAGCUGAGGGCAGUGCCAGCUGUCCCAGAGUGGCUGUCCACACAUCCCUCACACAGGAACCGAGUUACACAGAUGGACCGCUUUGUGCCUCAGGCUCUGGAGCUAAGAGAUUGUUGCGAGUGUCCGGCCCUCCCGUCCGCAGACCCCCGCGUUGUCUUCUCCAAGAGCGUCCGGACACUGCUGGACAAGGCCAAGGUCAAAGGGAGGGGGAGCCAGAGCUCAAACUCACCACCACAGCCCCAAUGACAUCCGCACCCCCAGGAUGCAAUGCCCGCAGCCCUCCUGGUCCAAGCCCGCUCGGCCCCGGCUUCUGAUGCCCGUCCUUCAGACACGUCGUCCGUCCCGUCUACAGCUAACCCUCUGGGACUCUCUUUUCCUGACCCCUGUCUCGCUGAGCAACCCCACACCUGCUUUAACUGCUGUUGAUGGGACACCGGAGAUGGGAAACAGCAUUUCGCAAAGCCUCUAGAUUCUCAAAGUCAGACCUACUGAUUGCUUAGGUAUUGAGGGUACAGUUUUCAGUGUGUGUGUGCGUGUGUCACUGUUAUUUUUUCACUGUUGUUUUCCCAAAAGUUUUUUUCCAUUUGAAGAGUCCAUCUCACCCUUUCCAGUGCUCCAGCAUAUAUCUCGUGUGCAUGAGUGCCAUGUUAAAGGAGUUUAGAGUAUGUUCAGAUGGCUGGGAAGUAUUUUUGCAGUUCAAUGCAUUAGCAUCUGGAUUUUUACACAACCUUGGCUGGGGACAAGCUGAAUUCAUUGCUCAAACAACCAUACAUUGCAACAUCAACAUGUGCAUUAUUUAUGAAGAGACUACAAUAAAUGCACUUUGUGUACACACACGAACACAACGCAUGUACUCAUGGAUGCACACAAGUAUGUGUGUUUGUGUAUGUAUGUGUGUGAGUGCGCAAUUAUUACAGUACAUUUCAGUGUCCUUGCAACACUUCUAGGUCCCUUAUACCAUGGAUUAUAUUUUUUGAUGAGCUGUUUUCAUUUAAAAAUGUGCUCCGACUAUGUGUCUGGGCUGUAUUUGUAUAGUUUUAUAUCCAUGUGUGCAGUGAUAUUGGUAUCUAUCCCAAUUUUUAGGAGACGCAAAUGCACACCCCAAAAAAACUAAUAUAAAAUUAUUUUUGAUGCAUACAAAUCCUGCAUACUUGAGACAGUCAGAGCUGUUGUAUAUAAUUUAAUUAAAUGUGAUGUUCUCCUGGUGAAUUUUCUUCAAGGAGAGAAUAGAAAAUGUAUAGAUUUUAAUAUUUUCACCACUCCUAUUUCUGGGAGCGGUGCUAUUAUUUUGCUUACCAUAAGUGCUCCAUUAAAUAUGUUGUUUUUACCGUGAACACACCCAGGGAGAAAAUGUGAUGAUGAAUUAUUAGUGCAAGAGAAUAUCGUUCCUUGCAAACAAGUGUCAGCAAGGGUUAGAUUUUAUAUAAUUUUUAAUGUUGAUAAAUGCUUUAAAUCUCAGUAGCGCCGGGAUCGUUUAUUGGCCUGUGGCAUGUGCCACCACGGCAACUGACAUACCAUGGCAUAUGCUGUUCAGGAACGGUAAUUGCCGUUCCCAACAAUGGUAUAUGACACCAGCAUGCCCAGCCUCCUCCCUAUAAUUUCAUGACAAGUAUGGCCGUAAAUGUAAAGCUAUAUAUAUUUGGUCUUUAUUGACAAUAUAUCACAACAUAACGCCGUAAAUAAAGGGAUUGAUACGUU